GCCUGUAAAAGGCUAGUCGUCUGACAACUAUCGUGCAGUCUGCAUCAUCCCUUCGAAGUGUUCAGUUGUUUGAAGCAAAGGUUUCAUUCGAGUUGACGGUUUUGUUGAAAAUGACAUCGCGCUACCUGCUAGUGGCUCUGGUGUGGGUGGCAACUGGCGCCGUAACCAAUGGCAGUCCGCAUUUCUUGGAACCUUCCCUCGUCGGCCACGUCAACAGUGCCACAAGUGCCUUUAGAGAGACACUGGCAUCACACUCCAAAGUUCAGGCUAAGAGAGAAGAGCAUUCCUUAGAACCAGUGCUGGGUGUCACCGAUGUAUCUUUGUGGCCAGGGAUGGAGGGCAACGUUGUCAAACGGUCUGCUUACUCCGGCUAUGGCUGCCCACAACGGGAAACUGUCACACUCCCGGUGUACAUUACGACGAGAGAAGUCUGUAGAGAUAACACUGUGACAGUGACAUUGUUCCCUAGCAUAAUCCUACCAUCUUGUAGGUGUGAUACCUGCUCCUACUUAGCCUCUGGGGACUCGUGUACUUGUUUGCCUGUUGAUGGUUGUGGUUUGGAGCUUCUAUAGUACAUAAAACAACGCAGGAAAUAUACGGAAGACCUUUUCGCUAUAUUGCUUUUUCUAGCCUUGGUGAAGCAAUAUAGCAAAAAUUCCUACAGGAAUAUUCGUAUUUUUUCUCGUGUUUUAUUCCUUUGUUUUAUUUGCAUCUUGUUCAUCAAGAAUCCCUCACUUAGAGCACAUGUAAAGGCCAUAUGAAACGAGAGCAAAUUAUCGUGUACUUUGUAAAACAUUCUACAGGUUAGUCAUAUACUUAUAAAAUGUGUAAAGAUUAUUGCGUGUCUACGAAAAUGCCAUUCAAUCUAGCCUAUACAAACAUAGAAAGGCAGAAAUAUGCUGUUCUAUCAAAAUACAGUUAACCAUAAUAUUAGUCCAAGCACACGGAAGUUCUCAAAUAACUAUCUAAAUUAUAAUAAAGGCUAAUAACAUGGAAGUCAGUGAUUAUCGCCCAUCUGCCCAGGCGCAGGCAAAGGGAACGAGGCCAGCCCCAUUCUUGCUCAGUUUUGGUGGACAAUGGAGAUCCAGAGACGAAAUUUGUUAAAUGAAAUUGCUGUUUGUAGAUUGUGGAAAGCACACGAAAAUUUGUCCUCAUGUGAUAAUCCCUUAGUCGCUGAAUGUAAUUCUUGUAGGAUCUUUAUAAUAUCCUUAACAUACGCGUGCUUGUAUUUUAUGUUAUUUUAUACAGACAGAAUUUAUAACUUUUGAUUUCAUGGUGUUACUUUUCAUAAUGGGAUUCUUGGACAUAUUUACAGACUUCUGUGAUGCUACCGUUUUGAUGUUAUUAAGAAUAUUUUCAUGUAACCAAUAAAUUUUAGAUGAACA